ACGAAGAAGGUGGAAGGGAAGAAAGAAAGAGACACAGGGAAAGAGGAGGAAGAAGAUGCAAGAAGGCAGAAGAGGAGGGAGAAAGGGAGGGAAGCAGAGCCGAGCCCAGCUGGGGAGCUAGGUGAGUUUGGCAUCCGAGCCUUAGGACCGAGCUUGAGACUCUGCUGCUGCCACUCGGGGCUGAUUACCUCCCCUCCCUCCCUGAUGGGAUUCCCGUCCGCGCCGUCUCGAGCCUACAGCGCCCCAGCCUUCGGCCCUCGCCCAGGUUCACUGUUGCGGUUCAGAGGUCCCCGGGAGCUGCUGCAGGCGAGCCCGCUACGGCAGGGACGGAUGGAGCCAUUCUGUAGUGCCAUCCAGAGCCAAGCACUGCCGCAGCUCCUCUGAGCCUUUCCCGCAAGUCUGUUCAAGAUUGGCUGUUAAGAAUCAUGGACUGUUAUUAUAUGCCUUGUUUUCUGUCAAGACACCAUGAUUCCUGGUAACCGAAUGCUGAUGGUCGUUUUAUUAUGCCAAGUCCUGCUAGGAGGCGCGAGCCAUGCUAGUUUGAUACCUGAGACCGGGAAGAAAAAAGUCGCCGAGAUUCAGGGCCACUCGGGAGGACGCCGCUCAGGGCAGAGCCAUGAGCUGCUGCGGGACUUCGAGGCUACACUCCUGCAGAUGUUCGGGUUGCGCAGCCGCCCGCAGCCCAGCAAGAGCGCAGUCAUCCCGGAUUACAUGCGGGAUCUUUACAGGCUCCAGUCUGGGGAAGAGGAGGAGGAAGACCAGAUCCACAGCAUUGGCCUGGAGUACCCUGAGCGCCCCGCCAGUCGGGCCAACACCGUAAGGAGCUUCCACCACGAAGAACAUCUGGAGAACAUCCCAGGAUCCCAUGAAAACUCCACUUUUCGUUUCCUCUUUAACCUCAGCAGCAUCCCAGAGAACGAGGUGAUCUCAUCAGCAGAGCUUCGGGUCUUUCGGGAGCAGGUGGACCAGGGCCCUGACUGGGCGCAGGGUUUCCACCGUAUAAACAUUUAUGAGGUGAUGAAGCCCCCUGCAGAAGUGGCACCUGGGCACCUCAUCACACGACUACUGGACACAAGACUGGUUCACCACAAUGUGACACAAUGGGAAACUUUUGAUGUGAGUCCUGCGGUCCUUCGCUGGACCCAAGAAAAACAACCCAACUAUGGGCUGGCCAUUGAGGUGGUUCACCUCCACCAGAGACGGACCCAACAGGGCCAGCAUGUCAGGAUUAGCCGAUCGUUACCUCAAGGGAGUGGAGAUUGGGCCCAACUUCGGCCUCUCCUUGUUACUUUUGGCCAUGAUGGCCGGGGACAUGCUUUAACCCUGCGCCGAAGGGCCAAGCGUAGCCCUAAGCACCAUCCACAGCGUGCUCGGAAGAAGAAUAAGAACUGCAGGCGCCACUCACUCUAUGUGGACUUCAGUGAUGUGGGCUGGAAUGACUGGAUUGUGGCCCCACCAGGCUACCAGGCCUUCUACUGCCAUGGGGAUUGCCCCUUUCCACUGGCUGACCACCUCAACUCAACCAAUCAUGCCAUUGUGCAGACCCUGGUCAACUCUGUCAAUUCCAGUAUCCCCAAAGCCUGCUGUGUACCCACUGAACUGAGUGCUAUCUCCAUGCUGUACCUGGAUGAGUAUGACAAGGUGGUACUGAAAAAUUAUCAGGAGAUGGUGGUAGAGGGAUGUGGGUGCCGCUGAGAUGCAGCAGUUUUUGGGGAUGAGCACAUGCAGACACACACACACACACACACACACACACACACACACAUUUCUCAUCCUCCCACCCACACACUACAAAGACUGCUUUCUUAUAGCUGGACUUCUAUCUUUAAAAAAAAGAAAAAGAAAAGAAAAGAAAAAAAACUUAACAUUCACCUUGACCUUAUUUAUGACUUUACGUGCAAAUGUUUUGACCAUAUUGAUCAUAUAUUUUGACAAAAUAUAUUUAUAACUACAUAUUAAAAGAAGAAAAUAAAAUGAGUCAUUAUUUUAAAGGUAAA